AUGGGAAUGAUAUCUCGGGUACGCGGGCGAAUAAGAAGUGAUUCUUUCUCGAAAAUUCAAAUGAAGUCUGAAGAUAAAAUUGCAAAUAUUGUGUGGCUUAUUUCUCUGGUAAUGUUACUACCAUAUUGGGCACCUCGUGGGUUACUUGUGGCCCUUGGAGGCGCCUGGUUGAUGGCUGCAUAUACUUGCUUCGUAGUACCUAUCUUGAUCUCUGCAAACUAUCGGUACCCUGCUAGAUGGUAUCCAGCGGUCGUGAAAAUUGCACGAAAGAUUAUAAGAAGACUCCGUGGUCCGGUAGAACGCGUCCUGUUCAUAUUUAAAGCAGCCUAUUCACCUAUAGGUCGAGCGGAACGACUCUAUCUGCAACUCAACAAUCUUUCUACGAUGAUAAGCCAGUUGCUCAUCUUCACAGCCUGCGAUCGCCUCCUGGUUUCACGUGGACGAUUGACCUGCCUUUACUCGCUCAUGUUCUACAACGUGAUUACCUACUCCGUCAACUACAUACGAGAAAUAUGCACUAAGGAAGACUGGACUCCCUACGUCAAUGUGACGCGUCAUUCCCAAGUUAAGCACCUCGCGAUGUCCGCCACAAAGAUUGUUCUCGAAUGGACUAAAGUUGUCACCUUCAUUGUUACAAUGACUUUCAUACUCCUGACUCUGGGUCUAGAGCAGGGUUUGGAGCAUUACAGACCCACUCUGUUAUAUUGCCUCAUAACGGGUAUUUAUUACCUAUUAACAGAAAAGACAUUCCUCGAGUUAUGGCCAUUAGUUCUUAGUGCUCUCAAGUUGGAGAGACUAGAAGGUAUGGAGACCUUAUAUUGUGGGGUUUGGGCUAGGAGCGUUACUACUUUUAUUGCUGUACCAUUAGUACCAGCUUUAGCUUGGGGCGAGCGAUGGAGGCUGGCACUUCUAGUCGCUUACGUCUGCGUAUACAUUCAUGGACGAUAUAAGCUUGGAGAGGCGUUGACUAAGUUCAACGAAGCUUGUGAUUCGUUAGCCAGGUUUCGAAAGGCGACGCCAGAAGAAUUAUCCACUUUAGAAGAUGUGUGUGCGGUGUGCCUUGGGGCCAUGAAGUCGGCUCGAGUGACACCAUGCGCUCACUUCUUCCAUGCUGACUGCUUAAGGAGAUGCUUGGCUGCAAUUGACAGAUGCCCGAUAUGUGUAAGGCCGUAUGUAUUCUGUUGA